AUGCAUAACUCGUCUAUCAACUACAGCGAACAUAUAAUGACUGUAACGGAUGUCCCAUUUUCCAAUGCCAAGGAUACACUAAACAUCGUCACUGCUGGGAUUCCGCAUAGAUAUAUCCAUGAUAAGUACAAAGACGUCUUCUUGAACAUUACUGUGGCUGGAAGCACAAACGACAGCAACGACAGCCAAACGCUGUACCCGUUCCUCCGGCAGCCCAUAUAUAUGGUAGUGAUACUCUCACUAGCCUAUGCUUCAGUGUUUGUCUGUGCCGUGCUAGGAAACAUCUGUGUCCUUUGUGUGGUUUCUAAGGACCGACGCUUUCAUUCAGCAACUUACUACCUCAUGGCUAACUUAGCAGUGGCUGAUUUCAUCGUGGCCAUCGUUUGUCAGCCGAUCACUCUUAUGUCCAACUUGCUCACCGGUAAGAUGUGUGGACUGUACUGUUGUCUGUCUGAAAUGUGUAUGCUGCAAUACUGUAUGUGUCAGUUAUGCUAA